AUGAACCCUCAGACUCCGAACCCCCUAGUUUCUGCCCACGAAAAGACUUCCUCCGAACCAACAACUGCCCCUGACAAGACCCGCGAAAAGCCUGAUAAGCGACUGAGCGACCGACACUCUCACCCGCCCCCACAAGACGACGAGUCCCCAACCAAACGUCGUGUCUAG